AUGGCCAUAAGCUUUAUGCGCUAUCAUCUCAUUGAAGGUCUAAAAGAUCAUUACAUGACAAUUGAAAAUCCACUAGACCUUUGGAAUGCUUUAAAGCAUAGAUAUGAUCACCAAAAGAUGGUGUUACUUCCAAAGGCUAGGCACGACUGGAUGCAUCUGAGGUUCUUAGACUUCAAGUCCGUGGAUGAGUACAAUUCAGCCUUGUUCAAAAUAGUUUCAAUACUAAGGCUUUGUGGUGAAGAAGUAUCUGAUAUGAUGAUGCUUGAAAAGACCUACAUGACUUUCAAUCAGUCGAAUUCAGUGUUGCAAGAGCAAUAUAGAACAAAAGGUUUUGCCACAUAUACUGAUCUGAUCUCGUGUCUACUUUUGGCCGAGACAAACAAUGAGCUCCUGAUGAAGAACAGUGGAGCCAGACCUGCCGGGACAGCACCAUUACCCGAAGCCCAUGAGAUUGAAAAGAAAGAUCCCAAAGAGAGCUACUACGCCCAAGAUAACAAGAGACCACACGGCAAUGGCUGUGGUGGAUACAAGAGGCGUGGGCUUGACAACCCGAACGGCCGAGUCAGCUACUCGACCGGCCGGAAAGGAAACCACAAUAAUUGUGGUCGUGGUUCCAAUUACGGCCGGGGCCGAGGCAGUUACGGCCGCGGACGAGGUGGCAUAUCCAAGCCAUCUUACACGUCCAAGUCAGUAUGCCACAGAUGCGGGAUGGACAACCAUUGGGCCAAGAACUGUAGAACUCCUAAACACUUGUGCGACCUCUACCAAGAGAGCCUCAAGAACAAGAAUCCGGAGACAAACAUGAUCCAAGAAACCGGUCAUGAUGACAAAAGACAUGGAUAUGAUGCUGAUAAAGAAUUCAACCAAGAUGAUCUAAUGGACUUUGAAACUUCUGAUUGUCUCAAGGACUAG